AGGCCAAAAGAAAAACAAUUCGAUUCCGCUAGAUAGACAGAAAGCGUCGGUCUCGUCCACUUCCUCUGUUUUCCCUAUUUUUUGUCAAUUUCCAGCUGUGUUUACACACACAAACACACACUCCCUCGCUCUCGAGUCUAGACGUUGCCGCCUUUUCUACGUUCUCACAUUUUUUUCUCUCUCCUCUCACUCUCCGGUCUUCCAUUGUCUUCUAGGGUUUCUAUUUCCCCCUUUCUUUUCCCUAUGAUCAACACAGCCCCCUCUCCGAUUAACACCGUGCGCGGCGGCAGUACGCCGAUGACUCGCCGGAGAGGCGAUGUCCCGGCCAAUUUCCGCUCAGUCCGACCACCGUACCAGGCGAAUUUCGGGAUAGACCGUCCUCCGGGACCACCGGCCGGUUUCUUCAACCUCUCGAACUUCACUGUCGAUCUCCGUUCAGAAAAUCAGAAGUUCAACGUAGCCGAUGUCGAGUGUUUGAUCGCCAAAUGUAAUUUCAAGGCCGAGAAUUUCACCGUUUACAACUCAGGUUCGGUCGCGGCUCGAUUGUCUUUCCUGGAAUGGUCGGACACACUCGAAACCAUGGUGUAUCUGUGGAGAAGUCGUCUAAACGGUACUCAUUCACUCACUCCUUGUCUCGUGUCUCAUGUAUAUGUGCCUUCAGAUAUCGGCGAGCUCAAAAAUCGACUCAAAACCCUGUUUUCGGAGCAUGUAAGGGGAUUGAUGGAAGGUAAUUUGGUGCGGAAGUGGAAGAGGAAGAUGGUUCAUGUUUCGGAGGAGAUUGCGAGUGUGAAAACUUCGCUUAAGAAGCUGAAUCGGGUUAGAGUUUACGAUGAGCUUAAGAUGAGAAAGGAAGGGCUUGUUUCCGAUAUUGAUUUGAUUGAGAAGAAGAUUGUGGAGUUCAAGUCUGCUAUGAAGUGUAUACUUGCUCAUCUUGAUGGGAAGUCGUCCGGGGAUGACAAUGAUGAGGGGUUUGAGGUGUUUUGCUUUGGCAAACAAUUUGAAUGGGAGACGAUUCACUCCCUGAUAAGGAGAGAGUGUCAACGCCUCGAGGAUGGCUUGCCCAUUUAUGCAAGACGGCAGGAAAUCCUGAGACAAAUCUAUAGCCAACAGAUAAUGGUAUUGAUUGGAGAGACUGGAUCAGGAAAGAGUACACAGUUGGUUCAGUUUCUCGCUGAUUCAGGUGUAGCUGCGAAUAAGUCCAUUGUAUGCACUCAGCCUCGGAAGCUUGCAGCCAUCUCAUUGGCUCAUAGGGUUCAAGAGGAAUGUUCUGGUUGUUAUCAUGAUAAUUCAAUCAUGUGCCAUCCUACAUAUUCAUCUGCUCAGCAGUUUGAUUCUAAGGUAAUAUACAUGACAGAUCACUGUUUACUGCAGCACUACAUGAAAGAUAAGAAUUUAUCUGGGAUUUCAUGCAUCAUCGUUGACGAGGCACAUGAAAGAAGCUUAAACACUGAUCUCAAUUUAGCAUCGAUUAAAAAUUUACUUCAGCAGAGGCUUGAUCUGAGGCUUAUCAUAAUGUCUGCAACAGCUGAUGCAAACCAGAUUGCGGAUUACUUUUUUGGUUGUGGAACCUUUCAUGUGGUGGGAAGAAGAUUUCCAGUUGAUGUCAAAUAUGUUCCUUGUGCAUCUGAAAGCACUUCUGGUUCUGAUAUUGUUGCUUCAUAUGCUUAUGAUGUUGUGAGGAUGGCUACUGAUAUUCAUAGAUCAGAGAAAGAUGGGACUAUUCUUGCCUUUUUGACUUCUCAGAUAGAAGUUGAAUGGGCUUGUGAAAAGUUCCAAGCUCCCUCUGCAGUUGCACUACCUUUACAUGGAAAACUUUCUUAUGAAGAUCAACAUCGCAUCUUUCUCAACUACCAAGGAAUGAGAAAAGUCAUAUUUGCCACAAAUCUUGCUGAGACAUCAUUGACGAUUCCAGGGGUGAAGUAUGUGGUCGAUUCUGGCUUGGUAAAAGAGAGUAGGUUUGAACCCUGCACAGGCAUGAGCGUCCUCAAAGUUUGUUGGAUCAGUCAGAGUUCUGCUAAUCAGCGAGCUGGUCGUGCUGGGAGAACUGAACCUGGAAGGUGUUAUAGACUCUAUUCAGAAAAUGAUUUUCAGCUGAUGUCUCCUCAUCAGGAUCCUGAGAUUCGUAGGGUUCAUCUUGGUGUUGCAGUUCUGAGGAUUCUUGCUUUGGGCAUCAAGGAUGUUCAGAAUUUUGAUUUUGUUGAUGCACCUUGUGCAAAAGCUAUUGAGAUGGCUGUCAGAAAUCUUAUACAGUUAGGAGCUGUUACAUUGAAAAAUGAUGUCCUGGAAUUAACUGAGGAAGGACAAUCUUUGGUUAGAUUGGGAAUUGAACCGAGGCUUGGAAAAAUAAUUCUCAAUUGCUUCCGUCAUGAAUUGGGUAGGGAAGGCCUUGUUCUUGCUUCUGUUAUGGCGAAUGUCAAUAGCAUAUUUUGCAGAGUUGGAAAUGAAGAAGAUAAGCUAAAAUCUGAUAGCCUUAAGGUGCGGUUCUGCCAUCACAACGGUGACCUCUUCACUCUGCUCUCUGUAUACAAGGAAUGGGAUAGUUUGCCUCGAGAUAAGAGAAAUAAGUGGUGUUGGGAUAAUAGCAUCAAUGCCAAAUCCAUGCGGAGAUGCCAGGACACAGUCCAAGAAUUGGCUACUUGUCUCCAAAAUGAAUUUAACUUUGUUAUUCCCAGUAAAUGGCUUUGGAAUCCAGACAUGCCUACUGAGCAAGAUAGAAUUUUGAAAAAUGUCAUACUCUCUUCCCUUGCAGAAAAUGUAGCUAUGUACGCUGGAUAUGAUCAACUUGGUUAUGAAGUGGCAUUAACAGGAACACAUGUUCAGCUACAUCCUUCAUGUUCAUUGCUAGUUUAUGGUCGAAGACCAAGUUGGGUUGUGUUUGGUGAGAUUCUGUCAAUAUCUAAUCAAUAUUUGGUCUGUGUAACUGCUUUUGACUAUGAAUCUUUGUCUACUCUUUGUCCUCCUCCACUGUUUGAUGUCUCUAAGAUGGAGAGUCGGAAGCUGCAAGUGAAAAUUUUGAGCGGCUUUGGCAAUACAUUACUUAGAAAAUUCUGUGGGAAGUCCAACAAUAAUUUGCUUCAUCUUGUUUCACGUAUUAGAAAAGAAUGUAUGGAUGAACGGAUUGGUAUUAAAGUGAAUGUUGAUCAGAAUGAAGUUCUAUUAUAUGCAUCUUCAUUAGGCAUGGAUAAGGUUUAUUGCCUCGUUAAUGAAGCAUUGGAGUACGAAAGAAAAUGGUUGCAGAACGAAUGCAUAGAGAAAUGUUUGUAUCAUGGAGGACACGGUGUCUCAACUUCUGUAGCACUCUUUGGUGCUGGCGCUGAGAUAAAACAUCUGGAGCUUGAAAGGAGAUGUUUGACUGUUGAUGUAUUUCAUUCAGAUGUUAAUGUUGUUGAUGAUAAGGAGCUUUUGAUGUUUUUUGAGAGAAAAAUCUCUGGUAGCAUUUGUGCAUUCCACAAGUUUACAUCCAAUGGCAAAGAUAGUAUAUACAAUACUAAGUGGGGCAGGAUAACGUUUCUUACUCCAUCUGAUGCUAUGAAAGCUGCUGAGUUGAAUGAAGAAGAAUUCAGUGGUGCGUUGCUGAAGGUAGUUCCUUCACGUAGCACUGUUGGAGGUAAUCAUAAAAUGCUCACAUUUCCUGCUGUUAAAGCCAAAGUGUACUGGCCUCGUAGGCACAGUAAGGGGUCUGCUAUUGUCAAGUGUAGAAGCCAAGAUGUGAAUUUCAUGGUUACAGAUUUCUCUAAUGUACUAAUUGGAGGAAAAUAUGCUCGCCCUGAAGCUAGCAAUAAAUACACGGACAGUGUGGUGAUAAGUGGUCUUGAUAAAGAUCUUUCGGAAGCUGAAAUUUUAAAUGUAUUAAGGACAGCAACACCCAGAAAAAUCUUGGACUUAUUCUUGGUGCGAGGGAAUGCUAUAGAAAAUCCUCUUUCAUGUGAUGCUUGUGAGGAAGCAAUUCUCAGAUUAAUCUCCCCUUUCAUCCCUAAAAAGAACAGCAAUGGUAAUUUUGUCGGAGUUCAGGUCUUUCCCCCCGAAAUGAAGGAUUCGUUCAUGAAAGCCUUGAUCACGUUUGAUGGAAGUCUACAUUUGGAGGCAGCAAAAGCAUUGGAGCAAAUUGAAGGGAAAGUAUUGCCUGGAUGUCUUUCAUGGCAGAAGAUAAAGUGCCAGCCGAUGUUUUAUAGCUCUGUGUCCUGCCCAGCACGUGUUUAUCUUGUUAUCAAGGAGCAACUGGAGUCACUACUUGCAAGCAUUCAGCACCGAAAGGGUGUAGAAUUGCAUCUAGAAAGGAUAGAGAAUGGUAUAUGGAGAGUAAGGAUAUCUGCCAAUGCUACAAAAACUGUGGCAGAGUUGAGACAACCUCUGGAGCAGCUCAUGAAAGGGAAGAUUAUAUGCCAUACCAGCCUCACUCCUACCGUUCUACAGCAUCUGUUCUCCAGAGAUGGGAUCAUGCUCAUGGACUCGCUCCAACAAGAGACAAGAACCUAUAUUCUCUUCGAUAGGCAUAACCUUAAUGUGACUGUCUUUGGCCCUCCAGAAAAAAUUAAUGUGGUGCAGCAGAGAUUGGUUCAAUCUCUUCUAACGUUACAUGAAAGCAAGCAACUUGAAAUACACCUCCGAGGUCGAGGUCUGCCCCCUGAUAUGAUGAAGCUAGUAGUUAAGAAGUUCGGGGCAGACCUUCAUAAGCUCAAAGAAGAGUUACCUGGGGGAGAAUUCACUCUUAAUUCCCGCCGCCAUAUUAUCUCCAUUAGCGGUAACAAAGAAUUGAAGCUGAAGGUUGAAGACAUGAUACAUGAGAUAGCACGAACAAGUGACCCUUCAGUUGAGAAGUUUGAUAAUGAAGCUGCCUGUCCCAUUUGCCUGUGUGAAGUGGAGGAUGGUUACCGGCUUGAAGGCUGCGUACAUGAAUUCUGCCGGUCGUGUUUAGAGGAGCAAUGCGAUUCUGCAAUAAAAAACCAAGACAGUUUCCCAAUCCGCUGUGCCCAUGAGGGUUGUGGGGCUCUUAUUUUGGUCAGUGACUUGAGGUCUCUAUUGCCAGGUGAGAAGUUAGAGGAGCUUUUCAGGGCCUCUUUGGGGUCAUUUGUGGCAACAAGUCGGGGCACUUACAGGUUCUGCCCGUCGCCUGAUUGCCCUUCCGUUUAUCGAGUAGCAGAUCCUGGUACGCCCGGCAAGCCAUUUGUAUGUGGAGCAUGUUACAUGGAGACGUGUAAUCGUUGUCACUCGGAGUAUCAUCCAUACCUCUCGUGCGAGAAAUACCAGGAGUUCAAGGAAGAUCCAGAUUCGUCACUGAAAGAGUGGCGCAAAGGUAAAGAGCAGGUCAAGAACUGCCCUGUAUGUAGCUUUACAAUUGAAAAGAUGGAUGGGUGCAAUCAUGUGGAAUGCAGAUGCGGGAGUCAUAUUUGCUGGGCCUGCUUGGACUUCUUUAGGAGUUCUGAUGAUUGCUAUGGUCAUUUGAGGUCUGUACACCUAGCCAUUAUUUGAAUGUUAACCAACAUACACUGAUGUAAAUAUGUAUAUAUAUCGGCUUAUCAUAUAUAUAUUUAUAUGUGUAUUCCCCAAAUGUAUAGCAUGCUACAGGCAUGUAAAAUAGGAUUAGUAGUAAUUGCUGUUGCUUGCUUCUGUACAGUAUCUAGCGGGAAUGCAAUAGUAUUAUGCUCUC